AUGCGUGUCCUGCCAGUCCUCCUCUGGCUAGGGCUCUGCGGCCGAUCCAUGGCCAACUUGCACCUCGUUUUCGAUUUCGACGGCACCAUCACCGAAGCCGACACCACCGACGUCCUCGCCAGGGCAUCCAUCACCCGUUACAAGGGCCACCGCUGUCGGAACCUGCGCGGCAUCUGGGAUGACGUCGUCGACGCCUACCUCGCCGACUACAAGAAAUUCGACCGCAGGUACUGGCCAGCUGCCAGGCACAGGACGACGGUUGCCCAGGAGCUCCGCUACCUGGAGAAACUGAAACCCGUCGAGGAGGCCUCGCUGAACCGCGUAAGCGAGACACGCUUCUUCGCCCGUCUGGACGAUCAGGCCCUGUACCGGGCGGGCAUCGACGCUGUCCUUUCCGGCCGCGUCGUCGUCCGGCCCGGCUUCCGCGCGCUGCUUGAGCUCGCCUACGACAAGGGCUGGCAGACGGACAUCCUCUCGGCCAACUGGUCCCGCGCCUUCAUCCGAGGAGUCCUCCAUGCGUAUCCCGACAUACGCACCACGUCCAACGAAGUGACGCCCUCGACGGGGGAACUCCGCGGAACCAAUUUAGACCUGGGAAGGCUGACGACGUCGUCCGACAAGCUCAAGGCGCUCCAAUACCUCACCGACGGCGACCAAGGCCCCGUCAUCUACUUUGGCGACUCCACCACGGAUCUGGCCUGUCUUCUGCAUGUCCAAGGUGUCAUCCUGGCAGCGAACAAGAAAACGUCACUGAUGAAAACGGUCUCACGGCUAGGCUUGGACGCGCCCCACGUGAGUGAACCGCAGGAAGAGCAGCCAGCGUUGACGUGGGCGAGCGACUUUCACGACAUCCUGGAUAGUGGCAUUCUCGAGAUGUGA